AUGCGGCUGCUGGGUGGGCUCGAGAGAGAGCCCGUAAGGCACAACGGAACGAGUGAGUUCCGUAUGAACGAUCGGUGAGCGCCCCCUACCAUAUAUAUAUAUAUAUAUUAUGACAGAUGGGCGCUCACCGAUCACAUAUAUAUAUAUAUAUAUAUAUGGAUCGGUGUGCACCCAUUCCUGAGUGAAUAUAUAUAUAUAUAUAUGAAUAACGGAACAGAUUGCAGCCCGAGAUGGUAUAAUAGAAGGAGAACCCUCGUAAGAAAAUCGAGAUAUACUCGUAAAUUUUUUACGUCAUUUAUACCAAGCCGUUGUCAGACAAAAUGAAUAGUGUGGUGAGGGAUAAUUGCACGUGAAGGGAUAAAUAACGAGUUUAGAUAGGCGAGUUUAGAUAGACGCAUGCCUUCGUAGUGAGAGUCCAGGUCGACAUGGCGGUUGAUGCUGUUGUUGUUAGAGUGCCAAGCUUCGAGAAUCUCUCACGCCUGUUUGGCGUUGGCCCUGGCGAUCACUUCAGUCUCCACCCAGCUGGAGCGGUGAUCACACCCAAGGGCAUGCGCAAACACGAGAGACAAGAGAUCCCGUCGGCGGAUGGCCAACUUUUAUUGGUUAAUGGGGGGUCCCAAGUCGUCGGCCGGUAUGCCCAAUAUAAACGUAUGGGUAGCUUGCAAAUGGGAUGCGGUAAAUGACAUUUGUUUGGUGCUCCUUCGGUAUGAGGUAUUUUGCUCGAGAUAAUGUGAGUAUUGAGGCGGAGUUUAAGCAUUUCUAAGACGUAUAGUAUUGGAAUGUCGAUGAGACUGUCGUGCAGGAGUCGGGCCACGCCGUCAACGGCAAGGUCAUGUGGUAUUGAAGAAAACAACGCGACCACAUAAAAUGAUAGAAUUCCUUCAUCAGGACUUGCGUUAAGAGGUCGGAUAUUUUCUGGGAAUGCGUGAAAUUUUUUGGCGCAAGAUAACAUUGCGAAAAAGCCAAGGGGGACUGGAAUGGCCAUUUCUAACUUAUUAGCCGUCGUCAGCCAGUCAUGGACAACCCCAAAGGGUGGAACAUCUGAGGCUCGAUCCCACGACCUGCUGGUUGAGCUCGACCCUGGCUGUCUGGUCAAUACAUCACCUUAGACUUUCGGCGUCCUGGAAGGCAAAAGUGUGUCCAGAGGCAACACAAUGUUCCGCCAUCAGCAAGAGCUGGUCCAUCCUUCCUCCUGCGCUUGCGUACACAUUCAGGCGGAUCUGCAAUCGUCUUCCGGUCUCUCCAAUGUUUUUUGCCUCAAAGAAACUACACUAGACGCCGUAGACAGCAUUCGCCCUUUUAGUCUCAUGGCAGAGGGGCCUGGGGUCUCAUGGCCAGGCGUUUUAUUGUCGUCACAGAUCUGUGGACGUCGUUGAUCCCCAGAAGAAACGGGCGACUGCUUCAGAAACGUUCCCAAUAUACUGUAGUGUCCACCACAAUCUCGACUGUUUUGUCGUUGACCAUAUAGCAUGCUUCGGCUGUCUGCUGCGUUCUAUGAAGCUUUAAGGGUAAUUGUCGGAGUUGAGCAUCUGCCGAAGUUAAUUGAGCUCGGCUGAUUAGUCCUUGCUGCCUUGCUGCAACAAAUGCAGGCAACUCAGACGAGAACAAUGGGAGAAAGGCACUGUCCAGCAUGACAGCGAUCAACUUCCCCCGCAAUGCAUCCAGCACGAAUACCAGCACGCCAGCAUGUCCAGCACCUAUAAAAGCAGUGAGUCACCGUACAGAACCUACCCUAGACGACGAAGGUUUGCUGGCCUUUGAACCAUCAGGAUAUUAAAGAUUACGGUUCCCAUGAUCGCCUUUUCUUCUCAUUUAUACCCGGAAACGCGCAUUUCCGCUUCAAAUAGCAAUACAUAUCUAUAUGGUAGAGAGGCGCUCCCCGAUCGUGCUACGGAACCCACUCGUUCCAUUGUACCUUGGGCUCUCUCUCGAACCAAACCAGCAGCCGCAUGGCGGCGCGUAAUAUGGGCGGAAUAGCACUUCCGACGAAGCCAAGGGAGACUGGAAUGGCCAUUUCUGGCUUAUUAACCGUCGUCAGUCAGUCGUACUCAGCCACAAUGCGUGAAACACCUGAGGGUUGCUCCCGUUACCUGCUGUUUGGGCUCGAGAGAUAGCUCCAAGGCACAACGGGACGAGUGAGUUCCGUAACACGAUCGGUGGGCGCCCCUCUACUAUUGUACAUUCCCUAUCGCUACCGACAGGACAACGGUCCCAUGGCUCAGUGGUUAGAGGCGUUGGAUUUUUAUAUAUGUGUAGAUACACAUAUGUGAUGGCCGAGGACACUCACCGAUCGCGAUACGAGAUACACCCGUCCCGAUUUGUGUUUUGGGGGUCUCUUCCGAGCCCAGUCAACAGCCGCAUGAAGGGGCGUAAUAUAGGCAGAGUGAGUGUAUCGAGAGAGACAAGAGAGAGCGAGAUGGCCCAUAGGCACAAAGGCAAAUAGAAGCGAAAAGACGAGUCCCAGGAAGUAGUCUUGAAGAAUGAGACACGAUCGCCGGGACAAGAGCUUUAUUAGUCUGACGUUUCGGAUUCCUACUCGAAUACAUCAUCAGAGACAAAAAAGCAGAAACGGGUGGUUGUUGCACAAGGGGCCGCAUCCUAUAAAUACCGCAGCCCCUUGUGCAACAACCACCCGUUUCUGCUUUUUUGUCUCUGAUGAUGGAUUCGAAUAGGAAUCCGAAACGUCAGGCUAAUAAAGCUCUUGUCCCGGCGAUCGUGUCUCCUUUUUCAACAAAGGCAAAUGUCAGUCCCAUAGCACGAUCCAUUAGCGUCCCUCUACCAUUGUCCGAUCGCAACCGACAGGAUAGCCGACCCACUGCUCAGCAUUUAGGGCGUUAGAAUUCCAACCAAUAGGUCGCGAGAUCGAGUCUCAGGGGCUGGUGACGGCCAGUAGGCCGGAAACGGUCAUUCCAGUGCCCCUUACCUUUGUGUGUAAGUUCUCCUGUCAAUAUGCAUGAGUGGGUACAUAGAUGCACAAUCAUGUAGGAAGAAGUGUCAACAAAGAAAAUUGUAACUGGAAUGGUCAUUUUUGACGUACAAGCCGUUAUCCGCUUGUAAUACACAAGCCCAGGCUUGGUUAACCUCGGGGCUAAGUCCGGAUUCUUUGAUCAUUGGGCUUUUUUUAAGUCUAAAGCUCUACUACGAGGCCGAUAUCUUGUCGGCAAAAAACACCAUCCAGUUAUGAGCAUACGCCAUUCUGCCUAUGAGCAUAUUGUUUAAAAUGCCGUUUUUUGAAAUUUCCUUUCUGAAAGAAUGGCUUAUUUAUUUUUACAGAGAAAACUGACAGGGAAAAUGACUGGGAAAUUGGAUUGCCUGAAUGUAUUGUUAGAAGUUGAGGAGAUACUUCUGAAUUAUUCAAUUCUGGCACGGAGUGCAGACAUUGUUUUCUCCUGUUCUACAAUUUAACUUCUGCGUGGCAGUCCGUCGUGCACCGGUAUGUUCAGGUAGAAAUGACGGUCGCAGAAUAUGUUGCCUUCAGAUAUAAUGUCAAAGUCUUUGUUUACUUUCAGCCUCCUGAUUUCCAGACAUUUGUCCACGGCAAAUCUAUCGUCCUGUUUCUGUCCAAGUAACAGUGAUGCAGUCUGAUGAUGCAUCGGGAACUUACUGCCUUUUAACGUAUUCUGCUGUUGCCACGUAGGUACUGCGGUCUGGGGUUCCCGCAACGUUGUUAAGACGGUCGUGCUACAAGUGAUAUUUACUGGGUAAAAUGUGAUUCAUUAGGACCUCUGUGGCAUUUGAGAACUCGGAUCUAGUCGGUAGCAUCGAUUGCUGAGACGACAACUGCCAGCACGUCAGGAAAACUAGGCACACCUAACGGACCUAGACUCGUGAUGAAAAAAAACAAAACCCUUAACAAGCAUACUGUAGGACUAUAUAAUCGUCUGAUUUGACUCUAUUGUAUCUGACUGUGUUCACGCUGCCGUAUUACGCAUUUUGUUAAUCUAUUCCUGGCUUUCCCUUUAAAAAGGUGAGCGCAGUUUUAGCAGAAAUUAUCCGGGAUGAUGACGAUGACGAUGACGACGACGACGACGACGACGAUGAUGAUGAUGAUGAUGAUGAUGAUGAUGAUGAUGAUGAUGAUGAUGAUGAUGAUGAUGAUGAUGAUGAUGAUGAUGAUGAUGAUGAUGAUGAUGAUGAUGAUGAUGAUGAUGAUGACAGUAAUAGUAGUAGUAGUCGUAGUAGUAGUAGUAAUAAUAGUAGUAAUAUUAUUAUUAUUAUUAUUAGUAGUAGUAGUAGUAGUAGUAGUAGUAGUCGAGGUAGUCGGGUGUGGCGGUGGUACUGUUGACAUUACACCCAGUUACGCGCACAGUUGUACAGGGUAAAGAUUUUUUGACUGGCUAUCCUUGUAAACACCUGCUUAACUUACGUUUUACGGCCCGCUCAAUAAACUGACCUUGUUGUCGGUCUCUGUGAUCAAAUUUUGCACUAUAUCAAUGCCGAUACAUCACUUUAGGCCGCCGGUUUGUUUUUUUGCGGUUUUAUGGCGGACGUUGUCCCUAAGCGAAUGAAUAUGGUGAGCAUACUAUUAGACGUAUUAUAUAGGGAAAUGAAUUCGAUGAGCAUACUGUCGGCUGCAUCAUUUCUGACGCUGGUACGUCCAUUCAAAGGUCUGCCCAACGGACGUAGGUAGUGCCUAUGCACGUCUGAAUUUCAGGGAUAGGUGGUCAUAUUUCAAUCUUGUACAAACAUCGCAGUCAUUGAUGGCACUCUCAUAAGUGAUGACUGUGUCUUUUUACUUUACCUCUCUCACCCCCUCUCUCUCUCUCACUCACUGGAGGAAUGUUUUGUGAAAACUAGCGGCUAACGGAAUCACGAAUGCAUACUUGUCCGCACCCCGAUUGAGGACUCCCUAAAGCUUUUCGUUCGGGUUGCAAGUCUCCUCUUUUUCCUCCUCGUCUAUUCAAAAGUACUUGGAAUGGUAUAAUUCACACCUUGCUUUGGAAAGGAUAUGGUGAUAUCGCUGCCUGCGGUUUUGCCAGUAUAGUGCUUGCUUCUCUAUUCCCGCAGGGCCAGCACUGCUCCGUUUCGUUUUCUCCCCGAGUCAGAUCCCUCGGUGAGAGCGACUGCAGCAUGUAAAGACGCCUAUUUAUUUUCUCAUCUUUCUACCUUUUAUCUUUUUCUCUCUACGUACAAAAUCGACAAACUUUCCCUUCCCAAUUGCCGGCGCUGCUGCCCCCGCCCCCGGGGAGCAGCGCGCUCAAAGGGUCGUGUCCAAGGCCGCCAUCACCCCUACCACCGCCACCGGCCUCAACUUCAUCGGUGCCAGUGCGUGCGUACAUGCGCCUGAGACCCUCCCUGCCCCCGCCUCUCUCCCGCUGGUGCGUCCUCGUGGGCGCUGGAGGGACGGGCAGUACAGACGCACUUGUGCACGCACGUCCCCUGGAUGCGCAUGUUUGAAGUGAGCGCGGUGCUCACGUGCGCCACGCGGUGGUAGCACGGCCGCCGCCGCCGCCCCAGUCGUCGUCGUUGUGUUGCCGACGCAGGGGGGCGGCGACAACAUCGCUGUCGUCCUGUCGCGCCCACGACAGGCCUUGGAACCCUCCUCCCUCGCCCACUCAGCCCCAUCAACGCCUGUGAGACCAGGCCGCGGGGACUGCAGGUACGUGCGUGCGUGCGUGUGUCUGGGGCGAGGGGACCAAUGCCGCUGGCACUGCCGCUACUGUUCAGCAGAAGAGAGAAUAAGGGAGAGAGAGCGAGAGCGAGAGAGAUAAAGGGGAGAAGAGCGCAAGUAUUUGAGGAGGGGCGGCGCUGCAUAGCCACCGCAGGGGCGGCGGCAACGACAACGGACGGCAAAAACGAAAUACCCGACGACGAAGAGAAGAGCAGGCGGCGGAGGCGGCGGCGGAGAAUGAGGACGACGAUACCGAUGGUGACGACAAGAAGGAUGGCUGCGGCCUCUGCCGCCAACGCCGCCGCGCCGCCGUCACUGGCGGCAAAACCUUUUCGCGAUCGCCAUGGCAACGCCAAGGUAGCGGCAAGUACCGCUGAGGCGGCGGUAUGGGUGUGUAUUAACUCCCUCACGAUCAACUGGACAUCGGGCGCCCCGCAGUUGGGAUAUAUGCCAAGUCUGCGGACACAGGCUGAGGGGUUGGAGGGGGGUGAGCUGGAGCAAGGCAACUUGACGGAGGGAGUGGUUGGGGGUGGAUAGGGACUUUCAAGUCCCAAAACAUCGUAGCCAAGACGUGCUGAAGAAACAUUUUUGGUCGUACAAAUUCCGAAGUGAUCUUCAGUCUCCUCCUUGCCUGUUUGGCGUUAAUUCAGGUCUCAGUUGUUAAGCCUUUGAAAAUCCUAAUCGCUUGCUCUUUGCAUAUUCUGAGCGAAGAAAGUCCCUAGUCUGGGUGUUGCGGCAGACCGCGCGAUACGAAUGAAACUAUGUCAUUUUCUAUGCCGUAUACUAUUGUGGGAAAAGAGCGAGGUAGAGGUAUUAUGUCAAGGUUCUCCAUCUAGUUCGAAAGCCUAACUCUUUAAGUCAUCAAAACGGAAAUGAGCACCCUAAAGACAUGCUGUCAGUCCCUUUAUCAUUUCGUGUAGUGUAAAUGAAAAGAAUGAAUGCGCAUAUGAAAAUCAGAGGGCUCUUCGGGAAAUCGAGUCGUAUUCGUGAAUUUACAAUUUUGUGGCACCAACCCGUCGUCAGACGAAAUGAACAGAGAAGAAAGCGGGAUUGGCAGACUAGGUCGGUUGGUGUGACAGGACAGGCGGCUGGGGUAUAAGAUAGGUUGGCACUGAGUUACGGUAACUUUUGUGACGGGGGCGGGACAGGGAGAUCCGUUAAGGAAGGAGGAGGAGGAGAAGGAGGAGGGGGAGGAGGAGGAGGGGGGGAGGAGGAGGAGGAGCGGGGGAAUUGCGGAUCAGUGGGAAUGCGUGUGAAUGUUCGUUGAUGUGAGAUGAGGCCAGGGGUCAGUGCACCGGCAUAGGAAAUGUCACGAGAUUCGAUUGUGGUUUGCCGUGUCGGAAGGAGGGGGUGGAGGAACAAUGAAAUUCCACUUGGUCGAGUAAGGAUUAGUAGUUUAUAGCGCAUGAGAACAAGUCAUUGGGCGUGCACGUAAACCCUCGCAGUAUAUUCAUAUAUUGGAAGUCCGCUCAUCGACCGCGUUACGGGACACACUUGUCCCGUUGUUAAUUGGGGGCUCUCGCAGGUAGUCGCACAGUGACGAGGAACGUACGCAGAUGGUGACCAUGCGCACAUUGGACACUGGACGCAAAUUUGCUUGGGAACAUCCUCGCAUUGUAGGCGCCUGUCCAAUUAGAAAAGAGCACGAAGUCCUGGAUGCAAUGCACUCAGAUGAGGCAUGCAUCAGUCGACAUAUCGAUUUAGAUAUCACAAAAAAACACUCAGGGAAAAAUUCAAGCGAGCACAGCUACUCCCCAGAAGAUGACGAGAUGCGACUACCGCGUUUUGGUGUGGACGUCGGCGAACCGUAG